GUUCUUGCUCAAUUGUUGUUUAUAUAAUUAUUAUAUAUUAUUAUCGCUUUUUGUAAAAGUUUAUAAGAAAGACAUGGAUUCUGACAGUGAGAAUCAUGAUAUGCCUAUUGUAAACUUUAAAGAGCCCAUCGAUUUAAAUAAAUUGAAGGAAGGUAAAGAUGUUACCUUCGAAGUGAAUCUAUCAGAUUUCAAGAAUGCUGAAGAGGAUGAAGAGAAGAGAUAUGGAGGAGAAUUGGCGGCUGAAAACCUGAACAUUGAGUGUCUUGGGUUGCAAGAUGACGAUGAGUAUCUUGAUGCUGAGCCCUUUUCCAUCCUCGCUGAGAAAAUGACUAAGCUUGAUAAAGAUGGUUACAUCAAGAAGAGGAUUUUGAGGAAAGGUGUUGGUGAUGUUGUACCAGCAAGCAGUGUUGUUUACAUUGAUUACAAUGCUUAUAGAGAAUAUGAUGAUGAGCCAUUUGAUUCAACCUACAUUCGUAAUAAGCAGCAGAGAUUCUGUAUUGGACAAGGUGAGGUCGUGGUGGGGCUGGAUAUUGGCGUACAGACGAUGAGAUUGAACGAGAAAUCGCAGUUUUUGGUAGCACCGGAGUACGCUUUCGGCGCUUUGGGUUGCCUGGAUAGGAUCCCGAAGAACGCGACGAUUUUGUACGAGGUCGUCCUGUCGAAGAUCGUUGACUCCGGAGCGGCUCAAUCUUUCGACGAGAUCGCAGUCAACGAAAAGAAGGACUUCAAAGAUAUUUACAAAUACUGCCUGGCGAUGUGCGAGAAGGCCAAGGAGCUGGUGACGCAGAGACAGCUGUACAAAGCGGCCAUCCGCGAAUACAAUAAGGUCUCCGUCUAUUUGGAGAGCUGCAAUUUGGCCGAUUACGAUGAGCAGAUGGAACAGCAGAAGUUACUCUUGCGCGUCUACACCAAUUUAGCUGUUUGCUAUAUGAAGGUGGAUCAGGCCAAGAAAUGCUGCACCGCUUGCAACAACGCUUACAAAAUCUGCAAAGGUUCGAAUCUAUCUGUACCAACGAAGGUGUACUACAACAAUGCCAAAGCGUUGAUGGUUCUGAAUAAUUUGAAAAUUGCCGAGGCGAGAUUGAGGCAAGCCGCGGAGAAGAACAGAGAUAGCCCGGAGAUAGUCAGAUGCUAUCUAGAGUUGAGCAGAAUGCAGGAGCAGCAGAAGGCUCGUGAUAAAUUGCUGGCCACAUCUUUGGUAGCGGGAAGCGGGAAUUUUAGACAGUGUGUGAAGAGGAUGUGCGAAGGUCUGAAGAUAGAUUCCACAACGUCGCAGUACUCUCUUCCGAAAUUGACUCUUGACCAGCAGACCAUCGCCGAGGAGGAGGCCAAGAAUCACGGACUGUUUUUCGAGCAGUGCUCUUUCGAUGGCGAUAUUUAUCUUCUCAAGAAGGAAAUCAAUGCUGUUAAUGCUUAAUUUUGUUUACCAUUUCCAAUUUAUAUUUUUAUACAACCGUAAUGGUAUUUGUUUCGUUUAGAAUUUUUUUGAUAUA